AGGGUGCAGUGCCACAGUUCACUCGUACAUUCGGAGCAGGAGUGUCACUGCUCUUUGAGCUUUGGCAGUCGAAUCACCUUCACUUUAUUGCACUCAAGCCACAGCAAAACAAAACAAAAAAAACAUCCCAAGCAAAUGGACUACGUCUACAGGAUCUGCCUUUCUUCUGGAAUACAUGAAGAUCUUUUUUGUUUUCUAUAUAUCUAACAAAAAGUAAAGGCACUUUUUUUUUAAUGACUCUCCACAGUACUUUCUCACCUGGACUAGUGUUUCUCCAGCAGUUCGUUUUCUUCAAGACAUCUAGAAGAUCUUCAAGACGUCCACUGCAUGAACUUUUCUUUUACCUCUACAGGGGCAGAUGUAUUCGUCAGGAUGAGUGAUGGUGAAGUUAAAAGGAAUCAUGUGUUGUGUGACACUGUGGUAAUUUACGAUCGCUCAAAUAUGUCUGUGUCAAAUCAAGCCUCGGUCUAAAGGAUCUCCUGCAAAACGCCUGACAAAGAAACCAUCUGUGGUCGAGCUCACACGUUAGGGGCCGUAAACGCAUAUCAGGAAUGCCAUCGCUGGGACUUGUUCACUUUCUAAAUGUCAAAACGAAGAGUUAGCUUUUAGUCUUGUAGGUGCCUUUCAACUACGAAGAUGAGCAACGCGACCAAUAUAACAAAUUCAAAUGAGACUAUGGAAGGUUACAGGUUCCUGAUACCUGUUGUGAUUAUCAUCAUCAUCAUCAUCAUCUUGGGCAACCUGCUGGUCAUCAUUGCGAUCGCACGGACAGCCCUGCUCCAGACUGUAACCAACAUCUUCAUUAUGUCCUUGGCAUGCGCCGAUCUCAUCAUGGGGGUUAUGGUGGUGCCCCUGGGUGCCACUAUAGUCGUAACAGGUAAAUGGCAUCUCGGUGAAACAUGGUGCAAUUUAUGGACGUCGGUGGACAUCCUGUGCGUGACUGCCAGCAUUGAGACACUGUGUGCGAUCUCAGUGGACCGAUACAUCGCGAUCACCAGACCCCUACGCCACAAGGUGCUGCUUAGCAAGUGGCGCGUUCGACUGAUCGUGUGCGUAGUGUGGGUCGUGUCUGCUCUCAUCUCGUUCCCCCUUGUCAUGACCAGGGUUUGGCGGGCUGACCCCAUAGAUGAGGUUGCUAAAAACUGCUACGAAGAUCCCCACUGUUGUGAUUUCAUCACGAAUACAGGUUUCGCAAUUAUAUCAUCAGGCAUUUCGUUUUACAUCCCUCUAGUCAUCAUGAUCUUUGUGUAUGCCAAGGUGUUCGUCAUUGCUGCAAGGCAGGUGCAGCAAAUAGGGAAGAAUCGCCAACGUUUCCAGAAGGAAAAUCCGUCCAGCAAUGGCAACAACAACCUCCCACGGAACACAAGCAGUAGCAGCCUUACGUCGGGCAAAAGGAAAUCCUCGCGACGAAGGCCUUCUAGAUUAAGCGUGGUGAAAGAGCAGAAGGCCUUAAAGACGCUGGGGAUCAUCAUGGGAUGCUUUACUCUGUGCUGGCUGCCCUUCUUCGUAGCCAACAUCAUCAACACCUAUGAUCGUGACCUGAUCCCGUCGGACGUUUUCCGAUUACUAAACUGGCUCGGCUACAUCAAUUCCGGCCUCAACCCCAUAAUCUACUGUAGAAGCAAAGAAUUCCGUACAGCCUUCAAGAGCCUCCUAGGAUGUCCCUGGCUGCAAUUGCCCAGCAUGAACUACCUUUAUAAGGAGCUUAGGACUCGAUGUCCGUGUUUCCUGGGCUUGACAGAAGCAGGCAUGAAUGGAGCUUUCCAGAAGCCUGUCAGCUCACAAGGGACAAAACCAGAUCCUGUGCCGCAGGAGGACGGAGAAGAAAGUCUAGGAAGCAGUCAGAGCAGCUACAAGAGCGACAAGCCGUCACCGGGACUCGUUCGCUCCAACAGCAGCACACACUUCAGUUAUUGCUCUGAAACGGAGAUCGAGUUAUCCAGGACACUGACCGGGAUAAAGCACUUAAGCUUGAUGAAUGAAGGAAUGAUUACAGUUCCUGUACCGUGACCUGUUCUGCAGCUGCUUCUACCCUCUCGAGUCCUGGAGUAGCGCCUCUAGGAAUCAACCCUGACCAGGAUGAAGCAGUGCAGUUACUGAAAGAUGGAUGAAUGAUGAAUGGUAUACCAUUUUACUGAUCAACCGUCACACCGUUUAUUGUCUCCAAAUGAUUUUUCAAAAUGGAUCCUUUACAUCAUUCCCUCAUAACAGGGCCAUUGAGUUUAAUGGUCUCAGAUAUCCCUCUGGCCUUUUUAAAGAAUAGUCUUGAAAGUAAAAAUGAAAAAAAAAAAAAAAAAGCAAGCAGCAGAACUGCAAGUGGGAAAAAACACAGGGAAAGGUUUGAGAUGAGUUAGCAGAAUGGUAAUAUGAAGAAACAUUAGACACGAGCCAGGUGGCCAUUAUGGGCCCGGCAGCAAAGAGAGACUUGAUUCAAAUAUUUUCAGACCAUCAAUCAUGGAAAUCAGCAGACGUCUGGGUCUGACACCUCACUGGCGCGUUUUACCAAAUACAGCAGCAGUCCAUGGAACAGCAUGAAAUCAAUCAAUUUACUUACAACGGGAACAAUUAUUCACAAUGAUUAAUUGGUCUAUAUUUUUAAGUGCGGACACAAACGCAGAGGUAAUCUGAUUAAUCGAGCUGAAAAACGUCAGUAGAGGACUUGGAUCAAGCUUAGGCAAGGUCUAGGCAAUAUAUUGUUUCUUGUCAUAUAUGACACCCUACCAUUUACUGAAAGGAUAUAUAUAUAUAUAUAUAUAUAUAUAUAUAUAAGCUACCAGGGCCAGCAGAUUAGCCUUGGCUAUGUACAGAGACUUAAUUAAAGUGUUUAAGGUCGCUAUAGCG